AUGAGAUCACUCUUCCUUGCCGCCCUCGUUGCCUCUGUGUUGGCAACACCAAUCGAGCUCGAAGGACGUAGUGGCAAUGCGAAACAUGCAUACUGCUCAGCAAUCAAGACUGUGGUGAUUCCGGCCAAAGAUCUUCCAGCUGCCACUACAUAUUGCAGCUCUUACCUUUCGUUGAAGCCUCGAGCAACGACGACGGUUACUCGGACAAUCACGAAUGCCAAGGUCACUGCAACCGUUACAGCAACAACGACCAAAGCGUUCGUAUGUCAGGCACCCACAGGAUCCGUUGAAAAGCGCGAAGCAAGUAAGAAGAAGGUCGUCCAGAAAUCCAAGCCGAAGCCGAAACCCUCAUGUCUCGGUCGAUACACAAAGACGGCCGCAAUCUCAUCGGCUUGCAGCUGCUUGACCAUUCCCACCGGUCCCGUCACGUCCACCACCACCAAAGUCCUGACGGGUACCGUGACCGUUACGGCCACUCGGACAGCUGUUCAAACACCAGCAGCCUUCCAUCUGCGAGCUUUGAGCGACGACGAAGCUCUGGAUGGCCAUGAGCUAUCAGGAGGUGGAGGACAGACUCUGGUUGAACGUCCAUACCAAGGGCUAUUAUUCAGCUUGGACGCUCAAGGUCAGCUUCGAAAUGCCAGCUAUCCUGAGAUGAUUGCGAAUGUAGAUGGAACGACUUCCAGCAAGCCUAGACGAGACGACCAGCAAAUAGUCUAUCUCAGUGACGCCGAGGAGAUCGAGGAGGAUGAUCGGGUGCCGCUGAAUUGCAAGAUUGUGCCCCGAGAUGAUUUGACUUGCGCUUUGCAGUGUUCGACUGUGGAGUAUCCGGUAGGGUUGAUCAAUAGCACGCCAGAUGUUGAUUCCGAUGAUGAACAGAGGUGGGUCUUGGCUACAAAUGCUGCUGGACCUGUCUUCACGCAUAUCAUAGUGCCGGACGAGGAGUGGUAG